UCCAUUUGGAAAAAUAAAACUACUACUAUCUAUGGACGUAAGUAACCGGUCGCCGGUAUUUGCGUCGGUGUUUAGUUCAGUUAUUUUUUAUUUUCAUUUUUCGUUCCAACGCGGUGCGACGUGCUACCGAACAAUUAUUAAUUAUUGCACAAUAACCCGACAAUGCCGAACGUUAAGUUCUACUAUUUCCCCGUCAAGGCCCUCGGCGAGAGCCAGAGGCUGCUGCUGGCUUACGGCGGCCAGGAGUUCGAAGACAAUCGCAUUUCAUCUGAAAACUGGCCAGAAUUCAAACCUAAGACUCCGUUCGGUCAGAUGCCGGUGCUGGAAAUCGACGGCAAGCAGUACGCUCAGAGCACCGCCAUCUGCAGGUACCUCGGUCGCAAGUACGGGCUCGCCGGGGCCAAUGACGAGGAGGCCUUCGAGAUCGACCAGAACGUGGAGUUCCUGAACGACAUUCGCGCCAGUGCCGCAUCGGUCCACUACGAGAAAGACGAGGCCGUCAAAGCUAAGAAGAAGGCGGAACUGGAGGAGACUAAAUACCCGUUCUUUUUCGAGAAACUCAAUGAGAUACUGACGAAGAACAACGGUCAUAUCGCGCUUGGCAAGUUGACCUGGGGCGACUUUGUGUACGCCGGCAUGUACGACUACCUGAAGGCGAUGCUCCAGAAGCCGGAUCUGGAGCAGAAGUACCCGGCCUUCAGGAAGCCCAUCGAGGCGGUCCUGGCCAUCCCCAAGGUCAAGGCCUACGUCGACGCGGCACCGAGAACAGAACUUUAAAAAUCUAUUUCCGUUCAAACACUAGAUUGGUUCCUUUGUCAACAAAGUAAAAAAAACCGGGAGUACCGUAAAACGGGGUGAAUAGGGAUUGGGAGGUGAAUCGGGAUGAAACCAGGAAAUGUUUCGACGCUCAAUAUUCAUUUUAUAUUCGUUGCAAAAUCUUUCAUUUUUUGUAUUGUAAUAGUAGAAUGUUUGAAAGUUCACAAAGCAACUCUGAAUAUGCAUGACAUUAGAUGCUACCUUUCAAAAUGUCGCAUUUCAAAUUAACUUCUUGUGGUGGUAAUCAUUUUAGUGCUAGAAACUUGCUCUUUUUAUUGAUUUGAUAAUAAUAGAAGACAACUGUGAUUUAUAAACGUUAUUAAGUGUUUGGGCCAUCAUAUAUAUAUUAAAGGUAAGUCCCGGUUGUUACGGGACGUCCCGGGACGUCUCAGGUAUAAAUAAACACGAAAGAGAGGUCAAUUGGUGGGAUGAGAAUAAGUUAAAUUGGGACGAUUUUAAGUAUGAAUAGGUACAGGGUAGGUCUAUAGUAGGGUUGUCUGUGUAGUUAAAACAAUCUUUUUUAAAUAUGUAGGUAAGAAUCUGGUUUAUUCAUGAUGUUUUUGUCUAGAACUUUCAUUUUAUUAUUAAUGCAGUCUUAUUUUAUUGCUUGGCAAAUAUUUAUAUUGUCAGUGACGUACAGAUUUCUAUUUUUAGAUAUGCCACGCGUAUACGUAUCAAAGAGUGCAAAGCCUUAUAAGAAAUAUGAUCCCUUAAUAUUAAAAACAGCAAUAGAAGCCUAUGAAAUUGGGAAUUAGUCUUUAGUUGAAAUAGCUUAGCAAUUUAAUAUAAGUAAGUCGGUUUUGCACAGACAUGUAACAAGAACAAUGAAAUCUCAAGGUGGACAAAAAUGCCUAAGUGAAGAAGCAGAGAAAUACAUAAUACAAUAUAUUAAUAUUUGUUCAUAGUGGAGAUAUCCACUUGAUUCUUAUGACUUACGUAUAAUAAUAAAGGGAUAUUUAGAUCGAAUUAGCAGGAAAAUAAAAAGAUUCACUGAUAACUUACUUGGUGUGAAUUAUAUUGACUUUUUUAAAGCGUAAGUUAUUUAUAUAUUUAUUAUUUAUUGUCAAUGCGCUGUCGAUUUCACCUAUAAUUGAGAUGUAAUCUGUCAUGUACUUUUGUCAGUUUUUCAAUGUUUUGUAUUGAUGAUGACUUUGUUGGUGCAACUAAAUAAAUAAAUUAAUUAAUUAACUAAAACCAAGUAGUGCCAGCCCUAGAAAAAUUCUCUAUUAACACUAAUUUCGUCCCCAUUAACCCCAAUAUCUGUGAAUAGGGAUAUCGCCUAGGUAUUUUUGCUUAAACUGGAAUGCUAAUUGCACAAUUUUAAAUUGGAUAACAAAGAUACGCCUAAGACUCAAUCAUUUUGAUUCUGAUAUAGCAUUAUAUUCAUCAAUAACUACCUUAAAAAUUGUGGGAUUUGCCCUUAUUCACCCCGUUUUACGGAAUGUGUUUGAAUAUAAAUUAGUUUUCAAGAGUAAUUGUUUAAGAUUUAUAUAUUGCACUACGUAACAUAUUCACUUUAUAUUUAAAAGGAAUGUAUAUUUUUAGAUGCAAAUUGUUUGCUUCUUUAUUAUUGUGGAGAGUUACAUGAAAGUGGUUAUUAGAAGCAUUUUUCUUUUAAAACUGUAUAAGUUAGACCCUUUUUUUUCUUAUUUACUCUGAAGGCUUACUAGUGCUACAGACAAAAUCAGAUUUUUAUAUCCACAAAGUAUUAACAUAGAUUAAGUUUUUUCAUUACAAUAUGAUGUACUAAGUAAAUAAAUUUAUAAAUAAAA